CUGAAUCUCGCCUCUGGUUGGUGAGGAAGUAGUUCCGCCCCUGGUCGCCAUGUAUCGCUCCGCACGGAACCUGCAGCUCUUCAGCGCGGCUCUGUCGAAUCUUCGAGCCGCUCACAGACCCAUCACCGUCCGGAACAUCUGCCCUGCUCCGGGGCUCCCGCACAGCACGCUCAGGAUGGCCAGUUCAGAGUCGUUCCGGAUCGAGAGGGACACGUUCGGGGAGCUCAAAGUCCCUUCUGAUAAAUAUUAUGGAGCUCAGACGGUCAGAUCAACCAUGAACUUCAAGAUCGGAGGAGUCACAGAGAGAAUGCCCAUUCAGGUGAUCAGAGCGUUCGGGAUCCUGAAGAAAGCUGCUGCGGAAGUGAAUAAAGAUUACGGUUUGGACCCGAAGAUCGCAGACGCCAUCAUUAAAGCAGCUGAUGAGGUGGCUGAUGGGAAGCUGGAUGAUCAUUUCCCGCUGGUGGUGUGGCAAACGGGAUCCGGAACACAGACGAACAUGAACGUCAACGAGGUGAUCAGUAACAGAGCCAUCGAGAUCCUCGGAGGAACACUGGGCAGCAAACACCCUGUCCACCCCAACGACCACGUCAACAAGAGCCAGAGCUCUAAUGACACGUUCCCCACCGCGAUGCACAUCGCCGCUGCUACAGAGGUGCACCAGGUUCUCCUGCCGGCUCUUCAGACGCUGCACGACGCUCUCGCUGCUAAAGCUGAGCAGUUCAGAGACAUCAUCAAGAUCGGCCGCACACACACGCAGGACGCCGUGCCGCUCUCGCUCGGACAGGAGUUCGGUGGGUACGUGCAGCAGGUGAAGUACAGCAUGGAGCGAGUGAAAGCGUCCAUGUGUCGUGUGUAUGAGCUGGCAGCGGGGGGGACUGCGGUGGGCACCGGACUCAACACACGCAUCGGCUUCGCUGAGAAAGUAGCAGAUAAAGUAGCUGCGCUCACAGGUCUUCCGUUCGUCACAGCGGUGAAUAAGUUCGAGGCUCUGGCGGCCCACGAUGCACUGGUGGAGCUGAGCGGCUCUCUGAACACCGUCGCCGUCAGCAUGAUGAAGAUCGCCAACGACAUCCGCUUCCUGGGAUCUGGCCCUCGCUCGGGUCUGGGAGAGCUGAUGCUGCCCGAGAACGAGCCCGGCUCCAGCAUCAUGCCCGGGAAGGUGAACCCCACGCAGUGUGAGGCUAUGACUAUGGUAGCAGCUCAGGUGAUGGGGAACCACGUGGCUGUUACUAUCGGAGGAAGCAACGGACACUUUGAGCUCAACGUGUUCAAGCCCAUGAUCAUUAAGAACGUGCUGAACUCUGCUCGGCUGCUGGGCGACGCUUCGGUCUCCUUCACCAAUAACUGUGUGUCUGGGAUCGAGGCUAAUACAGAGAGGAUCAACAAACUGAUGAACGAGUCUCUGAUGCUGGUCACAGCGCUGAACCCUCACAUAGGGUAUGAUAAAGCUGCCCUGAUUGCAAAGACGGCGCACAAAGAGGGAUCGACUCUGAAAGCCACGGCGGUGAAGCUGGGUUUCCUGACGGAGGAGCAGUUUGAGCAGUGGGUGCGACCGCAGGACAUGCUCGGACCCAAGUAGAAAUAAAAGAGUUGUUGUGUUGACAUGCAUUGAUCCUGUCCAGUGUGCUGCUUUCUCUGUGUAACACCAGAUCACCAGAACAUCUGCUGAUGUGUGCGCUUACAUUUAUUCAUACGACAGACGCCAUUCACAGCGUGCUCAGCGGUUAAUAUUUGAUCUGUGUCUGUGUGUGUGUGUGUGUGUGUGUGUGUCGUCCGUGGCUGCUCUGCUAAAGCUCACUCAAAUAUAUUCAUCCAAAGAUCAAGAGGAUCAAAUGAAUGGGGAAAAUGAAUAUUUCUGAAGGUUUAUACUGUGUGUGUGUGUGUGUGUGUGUGUGUGUGUGUGUGGAGUUAAAUGAUCCGAGUGUGAUGGUGAUUAAAUGAAGGCAAAGCAAGGCAGGUUUGGAUGAACUGUGUGUAAUAAAUACAGUGAUGAGAAGAAA